GCCGAUUUUCAACUCCAACCUGCCUGCAGGGCAUCUCGUUCGACUUCUGCUGAUGUCGAGGUACUUGAUACGAGAAAAUGGACUUUACAAUGCCCCAAGGGCAGGCUGUUGACCUGGAUUGGAGCCAUCCGGGGCCUGAUGAGAUUUCCAUCGCGGUAGACUUCAUUCAGUCCGAAGACCAGCGGGACCCAACUAGACCAUACGCGUUGUCGGCGACCUUCGAUCCCGAAGCCGGUAAAUUUCGGUCGAUAACCCCAUAUGCUCGCCUGGAACGUUCUCUCCGUAUGACGCUCCCUGAAGCUUUGGGCCUUGAGGUUCCGCAGAGAAACACCACCGAAGUCUGGGGUACAUUAUGCGACAAGCUUCUCGACACUGAAAAUGAUUACACGGAAAGCCAACAAAGUUCUUGGCGCCGAAUAUGGCAUACGGUUGGCAAGGCUUCAGAGAAUGUUGAUGUCUGGGUUGCUUGGAUUCCCGACGAGUUUGGACUGUCGGUAGUCAAGACAGGCCUUGCUCUUGUGAUCAAGCUCGCGGGAAGGUCACUAGAUAAACGCGAUAAUAUCCUCAAGGCAUUUGAGGAGAUUCGACAAGCGAUUGCCUCAGCCGACCCGAGCAACUCCAGUUUCCAGGCUCAUGAAGAUGUUAUCAAGGCCCGGGAGUGUCUUCAGAAAGCAAUCGUGGAGUCAAUAGAGCAGUUGAUAGACAUCACAAAGGGGGACAAAUCGCAAUGGCGACGGAUGGUCCCAAAGUCAAAAGACAGAAAGAAAAGGACGGACGUGGAAACAGUCCUAAAGCACUUAUCUGAGAAUACUAAAGCAUUCAAACGGGCUAUCAAAAUAGCCCGAGAUCAUUUUAUCCAAAGAACCGAUACCGCGACUCACUACACUGCAGUGCAAACUACGCUUGCGCGCCGCGACGCCGACGAGAACAAUAAGAUAAUGCAGGACCGAAUGAACAGUAUGGAAUCCGGCCUAGGAGAAAGAAUUGAGAGACUCGCGGCUAGUACCAGAUCAUCAUCGGAAGCCAUUCAAAAAAUUGCCAUGUUUGUUCAGCAGCAGCUCGAAGAGGCUGCUGUGACCAACCCUCGAGAGCGCCGGGAGGACGGACAAGUUAUCAUUUACAAGAAUGGAAUGAUGGCUUUUGUCUUGGAAUCUAAAAGGAAAAGAGCGGAGGAAGAACUAAAGGGUCACAACGAGCAAAGCCAACAUGCCAGGUUUGGCGCAGUUAUUUCAGAGAAUAACUUCUGGGAACUUUUCGCUGAAUACAGGAUUGAAGAAGACGGCCCAGAGGAGCGAGACGUGCCCCGUCAUGAAAUAUCUAUGCACCACCCUGUUAUGGAUUUAAAGUGCGUCCUCGCGUACCGAGGGGAUGUGAAUGGUCGGGCAUCCAGUCAGGCCCAGACGCUACUUCGUCACGGCAGAUUCCUCGCCUGGAUGAACCAAGCCAAGCCCGACCUCAUACUCGUCAACGCAAACAUACGCUUGGCGAGCCAGGACAAGCUAUCAGCUAUGUCCAUCUUCUGCGCCGACCUCGUUGGCUGCUUGGUGACGGUUCGGCCUGAGGACGUUACCGUCCACUUCUUCUGCAGCCUCCACGUCGACUACGAAGACGACCGAUUCCCAGGCCCAGCAGGUCUCGUCCGGUCCCUAAUAAUACAGGUCUUCCUAAAGCUUGUCAAUAUUAGGCGCCUGAACCUCGAUUUCCUCUACGACCGCAAAAUGGUGGAAGACUUGGAGAACCGCAACUUGAAGGCCAUGUGCAACACACUCCACAAGUUACUGUACGGGUUCCCCGCGGGCACGAGGGUAUUCUGCGUGAUUGACUCGAUAUCUAUGUUGGAUACCUUCGAUUCGUUUUGGGACCUGGAAGUCGUGAUGCAAUAUCUUCGGGAUAUCGUCGAAGAUAGGAACUUGCCCGCUUUCGUCAAAGUGCUGAUGGCAAAUAACCAUACCUGCAGCAUGGACCUGCAGUCCCUACCGGUAUUUGAGGAACGACCGGACCGCGUCGUAAACCUAUCUGCGAGCGGAUUGAUGCCAGGGGGCAUGAGUACCCGCGGGAUGCAGCGUCGCAUCUCCCGUUCAUCGAGUCCCAGCUUUUCGAUCGCUGAAAUAGGGAGGAUGGAUGGGAACUCCCGGAGAUACAACGACUAUGAGUCCGAUGACGAGUAUUCAUACUGA